AUGAACGCCGACUGCGAGAGAUACGUGCGCAAGUGCGACAAAUGCCAGCGUCAUGCUUCCACCUUACACAGCCCAACGCAGUUCCUUCAUACCCUAACUGCUCCAUACCCAUUCAUGCGAUGGGGAAUGGACAUCAUCGGUCCGAUGCCGGCAUCUCGCCAAAAGAAGUUCAUCCUGGUCCUCACAGACUACUUCACCAAGUGGGUCGAAGCCGAAGCCUAUGCCAGCAUCACCGACAAGGAGAGUAACGGCCAAGCCGAGUCGACGAACAAGACCAUCAUCGACGGUCUGAAGAAACGACUCGACUUAAAAAAGGGUUGCUGGGCAGAUGAACUAGAUGGUGUCCUGUGGUCCCACAAAACAACUCCUCGCGGAGCGACGAAGGCUACGCCCUUCUCAAUGGCCUACGGCGUCGAGGCAAUGGCUCCCGCAGAAGUGAAUGUGACGAGUUGCACCUAUCACGAAUGCCACAAAACGUCAAACUCAACCGUGACAUGCUGCUCGACGCACUCGACGACAUCGAGGAAAAUCGCGACCAAGCACUACUCCGUAUCCAAAAUUACCAGCAUCAAAUCGAGAGCUACUACAACCAAAAGGUUAAAUCGCGUCCCCUCGAAAUGGGCAAUCUUGUUUUAA